AUGUUUGGAUUUGGUGAUGACCCUAACCCCUUGCCUGAGACCGUGGAUCUGGUGGAGGAUAUUGUACUGGAGUACACGACCCGCCUGCUGGGCCGGGCGGUGGACAGCGCCGCGGCACGGGGGAGGGUCAAGCCCGGGUCAAAGAGCAGCGUUCCUGUGGCCAUCGGACCCGAGGAUAUUCUCUUCCUCGUCAGGAAGGACAGCAAGAAGUUUGCCAGGGUGCGGGAGCUUCUAGUGAUGCAGGAGGAGAUCAAGAAGGCCAAGUCGGGGGUCUCCGCGACGCUGCGCGACUUCCCCGUCCCCCGCGUGGCCCUCAUGUUCCUCGUCCGCGGCCCCAUGCCCCACGAGGGCGUUUGGGCCAACUUCCUGCGCCCCGCCACGGUAACCAGCAGCCCCGCUGCCGUCACCGACCUGCCCUGGCGCCACUUCUUCUCGCUGUACACCCACCCCUCCCCCAACUGGACCUACCCCGCCACCAGCCUGUUUGCGGGAACCGAGGUGCCCGGCCGCGAGCAGGUGGCCUGGGGCCAGCACUCACUCAUCGUUGCCGAGCGGCGGCUGCUGGCGGCCGCGCUUGGGGACCCGCGCAACGCACGCUUCCUGCUGGCCUCCGAGUCAUGCGUCCCCCUCUGGCCCCGGGAGUCGCUGUACCUGGCGGCAAUGGGGCAUGAGCGCUCCUUCAUCAACGCCUGCCGCAACCUGCGCAGCGCGAAGCAGGCCAGGCAGCAGAUGGUGGAUCGGUACCAGCCUGGCAUGGCCAUUGCCAACGUUACUGAGGCCGACUGGAGGAAGUCCGCGCAGUGGUUCAUGCUGACGAGGCGCCACGCCUUCAUCACCGUGACUGAUACGGUGGUGGAGGGCGUCUUCAGGAAGGAGUGCUAUGUGGGGAAGGACCGCUUCUGCGUCUCAGACGAGCACUACAUCCCCACCCUGCUCGCCCACCUCGGCCUGGCCAACGAGACUAACUGCCGCACCUCGGUGGCCUACACCAGCUGGGGCCCACCGAGCUACGCCCACCCCAAGACCUUGGGGCCAGCAGAUGCCACCCCCGCCAAGGUGUACAUCAUGAGGGGGAGUGGGUGUACCAGCAAUGCCACGGCGGAUGCCGCGGCCCUGCUCGCCUUCCUCAGGCAGUGCCACCUGUCGGAGGUCGCCCGCCAGACUCCCGACUACGACGAUGAGCCGAUGUUCGAGGAAUGGUUGCGAGGAAGCCUUGCCGUGUCUGGUCACGAGCACAUACCGGCAUGGUGCCACCUCACGGCCAGGAAGAUGGCGCCGGCCGCCGCGGAUGCAUGGCGGGCGGUGCUCAGCCCCAUGCACAGCCGAGGGGAACCACGGCCCAUCGGGAACAGCACCUGA